AUUGCGUUUCCAAUUCGCGUUCGUAGAAGCUUUCAUGAAGGGAUUUCUUUUUUUUUUGUGGUGUUAGUUGAGUGAGUCGUUCUUUUCAUAUAAAGUCCCACGAAGUUCUUCUUCGUUGCUAACAACUUGGAUCAUUUUCGCUGUUUAUUUCGGACUUUUUAGUAAUCGUUAGAACAUCUUUGUUUUUUUCUCUUGAAAUGAACGAAAAAGAGAAAGAAAUGUAACCGGAAGUUGCUAAACCAGCCGAAUCUCCUUUCUGGGCUUCUCCUGUCAGUUCAGACAGCUGCUUACCGUCAUACAGGGAAAUCGACUAUUCGUCUCAUUUGGAUGAGUUAGAAAAAGGAUGUUUAUGUUUACGUCCAAUUCGCGCUACACCAUGUUCUGAAAAGAAGAGUCAAGCAGUGUCCAUGAUGCUUCUGAAAAUUCCAUCACGUCUGUAUUAUGGUUGAUUAUCUCUCCAGCAAAGGUUGCUAGGAUUCCACAAGCUACUGUCAAAGUGGUAAAUGAAACUGCUCGACUUGUCUGGUGCUACAUUUUUGCAUUUGUGCUGGAUUUUGUAUUUUCGUACUUUCUUCUUUCUCCUUUUAUAUAAAAAAGUCAAUGGAAAAUCUUCCGACAUGGGCUCACUUGACUCCAGCGGUUCUUCUUGCCGUUUUGGCUUUCUGGAUUUGCAUGUUUGUUGUUUCAUACUUGUUGGAUCUUUUCAUUCUGUUACUAAUUGGUCUAAUUGUGUCACUAAACGGUCUCAUUCUGUUACUAAAUAAACUUGAUCUCUGGAUUACUUCAAUUUUUGGUUUCUACGCGACGUUGGAAAGAAACGACUUGGCGGGUGAUAAUCCCAUCCCACUGAUUACAAUCCCAACCGAGUCUCAAAACCUAUCAAAUGAUCCUAAUAAUCUUGCAGACGAACCACCAUCUUCUGAAUGCGUUGAACAAUUUCCGGAAAGACAGCAGAAACCAAGUCAAUCUAGGGACGUUGGAAGCACUGGGAAUUUGGAAAGCAGCUGAUUCCUUGGUUUCGUACUCUAUCUUCUUUCGAUAUUUU